AGUUUGAGCACUCAAAAAAGUAACAAAAGUGAGUUCUGGCAGCAGUGCAGUGAAUCGAAACGUCUCUUGUUUUUCAUGUUUUGUGAAGGAAUAUUGGCGUCAAAAUGGGGGAAAAGCUGCCCCUCAAGCUCCACAAGACCUUGGAGUGUAAACAGGGCGCAGUAAGAUCGGUCUCUUUCAAUGGAGACGGGAACUAUUGCCUGACAUGUGGCAGUGACAAGUCGCUGAAAUUGUGGAACCCACACCGCAACUUGCUGCUGAAGACCUACACGGCGCACGGGUACGAUGUGCUGGACGCCCGGGCGUCUUUGGACAACUCCCAGCUAGUGUCUUGCGGUGCUGACAAGGCGGUCAUGUUGUGGGAUGUUGCCACGGGGCAAACGCUGAGGAGGUUCAGGGGGCAUGCGGGGAAAGUGGACUGUGUUUGUUUCAACGAAGACUCGUCUGUGGUUUUGUCCGGAUCAAUUGACGCGACAGUCAGAAUUUGGGAUUGUCGGUCUAAGAAGUUUGACCCUAUUCAGAUCUUGGAUGAAGCCAAAGAUGCUGUGUCAUCUAUCGCCGUGUCUGACUUUGAGAUUCUCACUGCAUCUGUUGAUGGUUAUGUCCGGAGGUAUGACCUGCGUAAUGGAAGACUGCACACUGAUUGUAUCGGGCAUCCAGCAACCUGCAUUAACUUCACCAAAGACGGCCAGUGCACGCUGGUAUCGUCCCUGGACAACAGGAUCCGUCUACUGGACAAAGACAGCGGGGAGCUCCUUGGCGAAUACGCCGGUCACCACAACGGUCAGUACAGAGUGGCCAGCUGUAUGAACAAUGACGACAGCCACGUGGUCAGUGGGUCGGAGGACGGGACGAUAUACUUCUGGGAUUUGGUGGAGGGUUCAAUGGUGACAACUAUUGAGAAGGCUGGCAAGGACACGGUGCAUUCUCUAUCCUUCCACCCUAAAGAGGUUUGCUUGCUGUCCGCAUCAGAAGGGAUGGUAAAAUUAUGGAGAAGCCAUGCAUACGAGGAGGAUGGAUGAAACUAGAAUGCAUAAAGUAGCAGGAGAAAGCAGAACUCAUCCACUGAGGGGAGAAAGAGCAAGAGGUUUAAAGAUUGAAGCAGUACAAGAUGGUUGGAUGAGGAUUCUGAUCCUACAAAGCAUGGGUUCAAGCACAAGAAUCUUUGCAGUCAAGGAAAACAACAAGAUGGAGAGAUCAGAAUGUGUGUUGACGGCAAGGAUGCAUAAAGCCAGAGCACAUGCACUGGAGGGUGAUAUUGGGUUCAGAUUGUGGACUUGGCAUUAAAGCCUCCUUUUCAUGUGGCCUUUGUGGCUACGACAUUGAUUUAACCAUUGGGUUUUUGGACACAACCUCGAUAAAGUUGAAGUAGCUGAGAAGUUGAGAUUGCUAUAGCACAUUUAUUUAUAAAGGGGCAAUCUAAGGAUCUUCAUGCUUGUGUCCUUCAGCAGUACAUAUUACCAUAACCAUUUUUUUCUCAGAUUUGAUUAGCACUUGAUGCAACAGAUUAUCAUAAACACUUGAAAUAAAUUCACACCAAUUUUGAAACUUGGUAAUAUAUUAUUCAUCAGAUUUUUUAUUUUCGGGUCUAAAAUAAAAUUAGAUUUUUCGAUGUGUAUUUCACAUAUGUGCUACAUUCCACGAGCUGAACUACACCAAGAUUUUACAAUUUGUAAAAUGUUCCGGUUCAAGAUGUCUGUUAUACAAAUGUACAAAACUUGCAAUUUUAGUUGUCUUACACAUUGGAAAAUAAAACGUGAUCAUGAGA